GAGAGAAAGCGCUUGUAUUGUAACUCUCACAUGGGGCCAGAGAAAGUACAACGCUGUACUUCAUCGAGAUUGGUCUAAUCAGGAGCCACUUACUUACAGGACACAGGCGAGAGGUAAACGGGCUCAAUGCAAAUUGUUCAUGUGGAUCCGUCUCCAGUUAACGAGGACGUGUCAUAUCAAUAAUACCUGGUGAAAACAAGAAAACUGCAAUAAGGAGAACAAACUGCACUGCAUGUCACACACAGCGAACAAGGGCAUGUAAACGAUGUUGGACAUCUGUUAUAUAUCUAUAUAUGUUUGGUUUUUUAAACUUUUGAAGAUAUAACGCAACGCAACUUUUGGAGGCAAAGUGGUUGUACAGUUUAGAAGACUGGCGCGUUUACAGAUAAGAGUUUUACUGUAAGGCAAAGCUAAACUGUGUGGAAAACUGCCUUUGUGGUCAAGAUUGGAUAACAAAAAAGCCCCCAGAAAGACCACGUAAACUCAGAAGGGCGGCUUUAAUUGAUAUAUUUUCGAAAUAAUAUAAUAGCCAGGCUACAAGCCAAAAGAGCAAGACCCAAUGACUUAUUUAGCUUCUUGCUUAAUAUUCUGUGAUUCUAAGAUGUGCGUUAAAACAGUCAAUGCUCUUCAUUCCUUACUUUUGCUAGCGCUGUGUUCGCAGUGCGCAUGCGGGUUUUCCGUGGCGGGGCAGGUGAACACCUGUGAGGCCAAUGGCAGUGUCUAUUAUGUGGGCGAGUGGUACUUUCUGGACUCUGAUCACUGUACCCAGUGUGAGUGCACUGUCGAAGGAGCGGCCUGCGCUAGAACCGAAUGCACCUCUCUGCCCCCAGCCUGUAUGCAUGUCAGCCACUACCCAACCGACUGCUGCCCGAGGUGCGAGAAAAUAGGCUGCGAGUACAGGGGAGAGGUCUUUGAGCUCGGAGAACAGUUCCAGCCCUCAGAGUGCGAGCAGUGCACCUGUGACAUGGACGGAAUCGCACGCUGCCUGGUAGCAGAUUGCACCCCCCCUCCCUGUGUCAACCCUGUCUACGAGAAAGGGAAGUGCUGCCCAGAGUGCAAAGAAGGCCCAAAUUGUUACACAGACUCUUCCCAGACACAGGUGAUCCCAGGAGGGGAGCCAGUGUGGGUCGAUUCCUGUACCAAGUGCCGGUGCCACGACGGGCAGGAUGCGGGCUACUGGGAGGGCAACCAUGUGGCCCUGUGUGUGCGAGUGCAGACCUGUACUCUGGAUGAUGGGAAUAGCUACAACUGACUGGGUUACUUAAUUACACACAAACUUUAGUGCUAACUGGACUAUGUAGGAAAAAACAAUCACAAUGUUAGUAUCACUAAGGAAAUAGCUUAAAACAGGAAAUAUAUCUCAGAGGAUUUAGCUCUGUUGCACAUUACAAUGUAUUCUAAGUUUCCAUUAACCACUGCAUUUAUAGUACAUGGUGUUUUUGUCAUCUUACUACUGUUUUUCUACUAAAUAUUUUUAAUAAAAAAUGGUUUUCCUGUUUCACUUUUACAAUUCUGAAUGUAUUCCAGUUCAAUGGCAGUACUGAUUUAGAAGGGAAAUUCAAUCUUGCAAUCAUUUGUGUAUUCUGUACAGUUUAGUAGAGAUAUGUAAACAAUAAUUUGGCUUAAACCACUUGUAUAUAAAACGUUUUGUAGCCAUUCUGCCUUUUUGUUAUUUAAAAUUCGAGUAUUACCGGUAAACAUUUAAUGAGACAUGUAAGUUUGCCAUUGAUAACCGUUGUUCUUACUUUCACAGAGGCUGUUCCAUGUAUAGAAUAAAAACACAAAUAACAUUAAGCAAACACUGACUUCCAAACCAAACCUUUUGUAAAUAACCCUGAAACUACGUAACUGUAGAUCUUUGAAUUUAUUCUCGGAGACAAAAAUCCAACUUACCCUUUGCGGAUAGUUACAGAGAAUCCUUGGUCCAUUGCUCAUGCUGGGGAUACUGGUGCUGUGUAGUAUAAAUCCAACUUGUUAUUAUUUUGAUGGGUGUUGUUUAAUGUGCAACUGCAUGAAUACAAGCAAAAUGCAGUAAUGAGAUGUUUUAAAUAAUGAUAGUGCACUUGACUUAGUAAUCCUGAUGUUAUAGUUCAAGAAGAUAUAUACUGCUUUUACAACCUGUUUUGUUGUGACUCAACUGAACAUCAUAAUGUUUGUAAUUUAAAGAGAAACACAUUCUUUUUUUUUUAUUUAUUUUUAUUGAUUGGUUGUGUACAAAAAAGUAGGUUUGAGAUGAUAGUAUGCAUUCUAUAUAAGAUUUUAUAUUUCCAACAUUCAAUUGUACAAAACGUAGAUACAGUAAAUUAUUUAAAACA